AUGAUGAUCCCAACCUCAAUCCUAGCUCUGGCCCAGCUUUUAGCCUCAUCACUCACACCGCAAUCACAAAUCCAUGCCCCAUCAUCCAGUUUGGCCUCGCAACUAAUCUCAUACUCACCAAGAACAUCCCCACCAUCCUCAUCGUUGGGAGCUUCAUGGAUCGGCGACCUGCCACCAGGAACACCCGGCACAACCGAUCCAGAAUCCAACAUCCGUCUUGGAGCCUCUGUUUCAUCCUGCACCUUCGUCCUCGGCCCUCCUGGUCCACCAGCUUCCGCUCUUUGUCCUGCUUUUAUCUCCUUCUGCACCUCUUUCAAAGACGACUUACGCUCCAAACGAAUCUCACAACUCAAAACCUCCCCACCUCUAUCCCACAACACCAAAAGAGGGGACGACGACAAUUCCAAUCCGCUCAAAGAUAUAAAGUUCAGAACAGGCUGCGUUGGCGGAUCAGGUCUCACAAACGACGGAAGCUUCCUCUCUGGUUACACCGCAACUUGUAUCGUCGAUGGAACAGAUUGGAUCCCUUUCGUAUUCGAUUCAUUCAUCCAAGCAGAGUUCGGCACGGGAGAUCAGAAUGCUCCGUUACCCAUCUAUAGUUCUUUUAUUGGAUGUCAAGUUCCAGCACAUGUCUAA